AUGUUUAAUUUUCUCUAUAAAACAUUCCUCCAUGGGAGACACGAGAUUACAGCUUCGUCCCAGAAAUUGCCUUUUCUUUUAAACCCAGCAUCAUUAAUAUCUCUCAAAUUCAUCUCAAGCGCUGCAAAUCAGCAAUCUUUUGCUGUUUCAUAUCUGAUAAUUUCAUGUGGGUUAUCUCCAGAAUGUGCUUUAAAUGCCUCUAAAUAUGUCCGAUUUGAAACCCCAGAGAAACCUGACUCGGUUAUUGCUUUUCUCAACAACCAUGGUUUCUCUAAAACCCAAAUCUCAGUUGUUGUCAAGAAACAUCCGAAAUUGCUUGUAUCUGAUCCUGUGAAAACCCUCUUGCCCAAAUUUGAAUUUUGUAAUUCUAAGGGGGCUUCAAGGCCGCUACUUAUCAAACUUAUAUGUAAUUGCCCUGCCAUUUUACGUAUGAACUUAGAGAGCCGAUGGAUUCCUAUUUUUGAAAUCUUGAAAGAUUUAUUCAAAUCGGAUGCGAAGACCAUUUUUGUCAUUAUCAGCCAUCCCAGGAUUCUAGUUCAAGAUCCUAAACCUUAUCUCAGACCCAAUAUUUAUGCAUUGAGAGAAAAUGGAGUACCAGAGUCAAAUAUCGCCGCCAUCUUAUAUCAUCAACCUCGGGUCUUUUGUACUAAACCAGAUAAGUUCAGGGAGGUUGUGGAGGAGGUGAAGAGCAUGGGGUUGAAGCCUCUUUCGUUUGCAUUUGUUUUGGCUGUACGUGCAUUGAGCUCAUUGAGCAAAAUGACAUGGAAAAAAAAGAUUAAUGUCUAUAAAAGAUGGGGCUGGUCUGAUGAAGAUAUUUUGAUGGCAUUUAGAAGGUUUCCACCUUUUAUGAUAUGUUCUGAGGAUAAGAUUACAGGGAUGAUGGAUUAUUUUGUUAAUGUACUGGGGUUAGAGUCUGCGUUUAUUUCCAAACGCCCAGAACUUCUUGCAUACAGCUUGAAGAAGCGCAUUGUUCCAAGGAGUUCAGUUGCCCAGGUUUUGUUGUUGAAGGGUCUGGUUAAGGCUUGUAGCUUGAGUAGAUUUUUUGCAUGUCCAGAAAAAAAGUUCCUUGAAAAGUUUGUCUACCGUUAUCAAGAAGAAGCUCCUCAGCUGUUAAAGCUUUACACAGACAAAUUGGACCUUUCAAGGCAGCUCCAAAAUGAGUAG